AUGCGCAAAGACGCAGCCGCCACCGGCGCUGCCACCUGCUUGCGGGUGCGGGAGCUGGGCCUCAAGGGUCGUUGGCAAGAAGCCUUGCAGCUCUUAGAGGGCUUGACGCCUUCCGAGAUCGAUGGAGUCACCUACACCGCUUCGAUGUGGGCAUGCGUGAAGUCUGAGCAAUGGGAGCAUGCAGUGAGGCUUUUUGAGGAGAUGCAGCAGCAGUUCCGUGUUCACAACGACACAGUGUCCUGUAAUGCAGCCCUUUGCGCUUAUCAGCAAGCUGGGCGUUGGGAAGAUGCCUUGAAGCUGCUGCAAGAGAUGCAGUCGUCCGCAGAUGUGAUCAGCUACACCGCUUGCCUCAAUGCCUGUGCAGAUGCUAACCAAUGGGCGCAAGCCUUUGCCGUGCACUCCUCGAUGUUGCAAGGCGGAGUGGCAGCGACCUCCAGUACUUGCAAUGCAGUGGUGAGAAGCAGCAGAGAUGGAGCGGCCUGGAAGAAGCAGCUCCAGCUCCUGGAAGAGAUGAGGUUCCGGAACCUUCAACCAGAUGCUGCUGCCUUGAAUGCUGCGGCCAGCGCUUGUAGCCAAGCAGGGGAAUGGAGGUCGGCUCUGGAGAUGAUGUCCUCCAUGUGGCAGCGAGCUUUGCAACCCGAUGACAAGGCCUUCUGCGACGUCAUAGACGUUUGCGGGCGCUGCGGCCAAUGGCAGGAGGCCUUGCGCAUCUUCGAUCUUCAUCGAGCCACCGCCUUGGCGCCCUGCGCGGCGGUCCAUGCCGCAGCCAUGCGCGCGUGUGGGGGGGCUCGCUGGCCCAUGGCGCUGCAGCUCUUGGAGCAGCUCUGGGAAACGCAGACGCCCGACGUCGCGUGCUACGAGGCGGCGCUCCACUGCUGCGAGGAAGCACGUGCCUGGACGGAGGUGGAGAGGCUCUACGAAGAGAUGUUGAGCUACAACUUGGAACCCGGGGAAGUCAGCGACAAGGCGGUUGCAGCAGCAGUUGCUACGACUGGCAACUGGGAACGUGGCUUGAAGCUUUUGGAGAAGCGUCAGGCGGGCGUGGUCACACCACACCGGCGCCUUGAAGUGGUGAAUCUGGUGGAGACCACUGCAGAUCAGACCAGGACAGCGCGGAAGUCAUUGGUAACGUGGCAAGAGCUUGUGCCGAAGGACAUCAAUGGCAAAAAGUGUUGGAGCUGCUGGAGGACAGAUCAUUUCGAUUUGAAUGUCUUCGGAAAGCCUCGCUGUGCGGCAUCAAGCAUUCUCCGACUCUCUCAGAUUGGCGCCAACCUCGCAUGGUAUGGUUUUGGAUGCUACGCUCAUGACUUCAAUGGCAGCUCAGGCUCACCACAAUGCGCCGCUGGCAACCCUGCCGACUGGUGCGAGGUUUGUUCGUCAAGCAACCCUGCCGAUUGGUGCGAUGACCAGUGGUGCUAUGUAGAUGAGAAGAACUGCAGUAUCACUCAUGAGGAAACACAACCUCUUGGCAGAUUUUGGUCCUACACGACAUGUGGCUACCGGGACCUGUUCUCCUUGGAGAACAUUACCGAGUCGAUCCGUGGUAAGACUCUUCGUGUUCUCUACAUUUCAAACACCGGCGGCUGGAAGGGGAACUAUUGCACAGGUGUGAAAGGCCAACCCUGCGUGGGUGAGCGAGGGUUUGGCCCCGUGCAACGGCUUUUCCAAGUGACCAGCGCUUCGGCGGGUUUUCACGUGGAGCAAAAGGAGCUGGUUCCUUCAGCGGUCAAAGACCAGUUGGAACGUGUUCUCCCUGGCGGGGGAACCUUUGACUUGUGCCCGUGGGGUACUGGAAUGGGCUACUUCGAUGUGUGCAUGACCUCUACGGUGAUGCUUCCCCGUCGUGUGGAUGCCUCUCAUUUCAUUGCUUUGUGGGCUGAGCCAACGAUUCUUGUGGGGCCUGUGUCAACCAAAGAGCAGGACAUGGACUUCGGUGCCAUGAUUGUGACAGCCUUCAAACCCUUUAGUCUUAGUCUUUGGCUCGUGUUCUUGAGCGUUUCCUUGUGUUUGGCUUGGAUCAUCUCGAUCAUUGAGCUUGAUACUGGGGGUCAGUUUGGCGAUUCGGACGAGGAUUCGGACCCAGGUUGUUUGGGGUUUCUUGGUGAUUGUCUCUACUAUUCCUUCCUCGGCACAGUGCAGUUCAGCACAGUCUUAGAGCCAAAGACCCUCGGGGGGCGCAUUCUGUCCCUGGGUCUGGCGUUUUGGCUCCUCCUUGCAGUUUGUGGCUACACAGCCUCCUUGGCUUCUUUCUUCGUGGUGUCACAACGUUUGCAUUCUCCCAUCGACGACCUCUCGGAUGCGAUCCGACUCAAUUACAAGAUUUGUGUGCAUCGGACGGAGAGAACUUUAGCCUUGGACACGGGCGUGCUGGAGUCCAACCUAGUGAUUCUAAGCCAACGCUCUGAUGUCCUCACUGGUGUGGGCAGUUCCUGCCAAGCAGCUGUGCUUCGCCAGGAGGACUUUGAAGCGGCGCAAGCGGCCAAUGGAGGGAGUUUUUGCCACCUCGGACGGAUCGGCGAUCCGGUACACUCUGCCAUGAUAGGCAUUCCAGUGUCAAAGCAAUGGGUGUGGCCGCUGCGCCAUGCCAUCAUGACCAGCAUUCAAGCAGGAGAAUGGCAGAAGGCCCUCGACAACUACAGGCCCAAAGAUUAUUGCACUGCUUUGCAGGCCGAGGCUGAGGCCAAGGCAGAGCCAGCAGCUUUGGAGGUUGCGGGCAUGAGUGGACCUUUGAUGAUUACGUUGGCCAUUACAGUUCUGGGCUGCGCGCUGCAAGGGCUGUAUUGGUGUUACCGGGAGGACCCACCAUGUUGGCGGCCCCGACGGCGGGGGGAGGAGCAACCCAAGGUGCAGCUCAGCAACGAGGCGCUUCGGCAAGUUCAGGAGAUGCACAAGGGCCUCAAGAAGGACCUCCAGAGCGAUCUCACUGAAGCCUUGCGCAAAUUUUGCCACGCCAUCGCCGCCAAGGCACCCUUCCCGCCAGCCAGUUCCAACGAACUGGCAGAACUUCGUCAAGGACAGGUGGACUUGAGCAGCCAGCUGAAACAGGUGCAGGAUCUACUUGCUACCGACGUUCUUGUAAAGCGACUUCGAUACCAGGAUGCGGAGGAGGUAGUGCUGAAUGACUCCGUGUGA